AUGGCCCUCACGCCGCAGCAGACGCGAGGCAGCUACCAGUCAGACCUGGAGCAAACGACCACUUACGAGGCCUCGCGAAUCAAACCCGUUAUCCAACCCUUCGCUGGGCGAAUCGGUGGCAACCAAGAGAUCGUCGUCGAUCGCGGAGACCCUCAAAAUGCAGAGCUGCUCAAGAAAAUACCCGACGCGGCCCCUCGCAUGUCGUUCCGUGAAGGAACUGACUUGCGUGGCUUUUUGGAUUUAACUCUGUGGAAAUUCGGCUUUAUCGAACUGAUAGGUGGGUCGGGCACAUUUCCAUUAUGUACCGCGUGUACCUUUCUCUUAAACUUUGUAACCUCUUGGGUAUCUAUACGACCUCCUGGGGCGUCAAAUGUUGUGCCAUCAUCGCCAUCGGGUGUCUACUCUACGACGACGUUCCUCGGUCCUCUAUUCGGGGGCAUUUCCAAUUUUUUAUUUCUGACGCUAUUUGUUUUCACCUUCUCCAACACCAGCGGUAGUCAUCUCAACCCGACUAUCUCAAUUGCUACAUUUUUUGCGCGUCUGAUUUCAUUCCCGCGUAUGGUCAUUUACGUGAUCGGUCAGGUCCUCGGCUCAAUCAUCGCUGGAGCUGUACUCCGCAAGGGAUACGGGUCUAGCGAUUAUACCUGUGGAGGUUGCGUGAUAGAUCAAUCACAGGUCCCCGUGGGCGAUGCUUUCCUCUUGGAAUUCGUGUUUUGCUUGUCUCUUAUCUUUUUGGCCUUUGGUGUGGGUCUGGACCCACGUCAAGGGGAGAUCUAUGGAGCUGCACUAUCUCCGUUUUUGGUCGGAUUGACACUUGGGACGUUAACCUGGGUAUCAUCAUUUGUGCGGAGCGGGUACUUUGGUGCUUGUUUGAAUCCUGCUCGAUGCUUUGGUAUCUAUGUUUCCACGUCAUUUCCGAGUUAUCAUUGGAUACAUUGGGUAAGCCGACAUAAUUUGCUCAUCCUA